UUUUGUUUGAGUCCCAGGUUUCGCGAUUCACUAGUAGGAAAGUAGCGGUGACUCUAACAAAAUGUCGCUGAAAAGUUUAUCCUUGUUGUUCAUUAAUUUAGGUGGUGAGAUGAUGUAUAUAUUGGACCAGAGACUACGUGCACAGAAUAUACCCCAGGAUAAAGCAGCAAAAGUGCUUCAUGAUAUCAUUGCCACAAUGUUCAACAAGAGAUUUAUGGAAGAGCUGUUCAAGCCACAGGAGCUAUAUUCGCGCAAAGCCAUGAGGACGGUAUUUGAUCGUCUAGCACAUGCGUCUAUUAUGCGACUUAAUGCAGCCAGUAUGGAUAAGCUGUAUGAUCUGAUGACCAUGGCCUUCAAAUACCAAGUGUCCUUGUGUCUACGUCCCCGCGACAUCCUCAUGAUCACACUGAACCACAUGGAUGCCAUUGCCGCCUUUGUUCAAGAUGCACCCAAUGCCAAGUCACAGGUGGAGUACGUAUAUACACUGAUUAAACAGAACUUUGGCAGUAUGUCUUUGGGUGAAUUCCAGUUGAUUAGGCAGACGUUAUUAAUUUUCUUCCAAGAUAUGCAUAUAAGAGUGUCAAUAUUCCUAAAAGACAAAGUUCAAAAUUCUAAUGGGCGGUUUGUAUUGUCCACUUCUGGGGCUUUACCAUAUGGGACAGAAAUGCCAGGAACGAUUAGAAUAUUUAACUCUCAAGGUGACCAAGUAAAGACCAGUUCAUUCUACGCAGCUGGGCCAUACAAACUGACAGAGAAAGAAGGCAGCUCUGAUAUGAAAGGAAACAGGGAGACGAAGUUGGGGACCAACAUGUACAAUGUGGCUAAAAGCAGUGUAGAGGCAAUGGCAGGCAGUGGACCUUCAAAACCUGGCUCCACAACUUCUUCAGCAACAGACAUGGACCAUGGGCCUAAUCCAAUGGCAAAAGCUCAACUAGAUUUACUUUCAAGGCUUAUUGGUGGUGGGGAGAAAAAGACAACCAAAAAAUCGGAAUUCAGAUUAAAUUUAUUCACCACUGAUGCAGAGGAGGAAGAAGCGGCUGCACUAAGGCCAGCAGAGGAACCAGGGUCACAGGUUAUCAAUAUAGAUGCUACUAAGAAGCAACAAAAUCAAGAGCUAAAUAAGAUCAUGGGUGAGUUGAAUGUUGCCAGCGAUGACCAAGACAAUGGUGGUGGUGACGACUUACUGGACCUCAUGGACAGUGCAUGAUUUCAUUAGACUAAGGAGAAAUGAUUCUUCAGCAUAUGACAGUGUCUCUGGAUGUGGAUGGAAGGUGUAAGAUUUGAGGUGUUCAGGGACAGUGGUGGUUUCAAACAGCGUAUUCAUUCUUGCAAUACAUUCAAAUAAAACCAUAAACAUCGGAGUCAUUCUAGGAACACUGUUCAGCACUUAUUAUCUAUUAUUAGUAUUUUAUUAAUACAGUUCAAAAUGUAAGAUUUUUCAUAUUGUGUAGUUUCAUAUGGGUAUGCAGCUUUACUUCUGGGUAGAUUCCACAGGGUUUCAAUCUACUUAAUACUUGACACCAUUAAUUUCUGACAGUUGUAUUGUUGACAGUCGACAAAUACUAUUAAAUGAAAGGGGAGAGUACAUUUAACAGUAGCUGUUAAUUGACUAUCUUGGGUUCUAUUUAUAUAUUGGACCCAGGCACCAUUUGCCUGUGUUGCAUUUGUAAAUUGUGAUAAUCCUACAGUGCCUACUAUGAAGUUAAGGACAGAUGGACAUGGUAUAACUGGUAUCAACAGAGGACAUCAUCUCUUUUCCCUAAAAUGAUAAUAAGAGAAUUUUCCUUUAAAUCAUGUUUUUCAGUCCACUGUUUCUUUCCCCUGGUCAGUUUAGAAAUAUAGAUAUCAGUACCUUUUAUUCUUGGUAAAGGAUAACAAAUGAUGAUUGGAGAUUUUCUUUUCUUGCCAGUUUUCAAUUGUACACAAAAUAUUGAUUUGGUAAAAUUUCUAGGGCUAUUUGACUUGAGUUGAUCUUAAGUGUGAGCCCAGUCCAACAAUUAGUUUGAUAAUGUGAAGAGAGAGAGGUAGUUGUCUUUGUACCUAAAUGUUGAGUUUUUUCCCUUCUCUCUUUACAUUUGGCAGAACAAAAUAACAGUAUUAGAUAUUCUUAUUUAUCAAAAGUAUUAGGUUCUUUCAUAGAUUAAAGCAGCUGUUUGAAGUAUAUGAGAUCUGUUUUACAUUAAAGCACUAAUCAAGUGUCAGUUGACUUUUGUCCGUCCAAUAAUUUCAGAGGGUGUAAAUUUUUGACCAGUUAUAGAGCAUUUAGAUAUUAGAGCUUUUAGUUACUGAUUGAACUUUUUUAUUGCCACAAUUUGUAGAGUUUUAUUUAUUUUUAUUUGAAUAGUGUGUGUUUAUGUAUGUGCUGAAAACUCCCACAAACUGGCUUAUCAAAUACUUCAUCACAUUCUUAAAAUUGGCAUACUAAUUAUUGUAAUCAAUUAGUGAGAAAGGUGUAUAAGCCCAAUAUUGUAUCAUGAGGAUUCAUGUAAAUGUAUUAAGAGUGAAAACACAUAAUCACUGUGACAUAUCGUUGUGGUUAUACAUAACCUUGUUAUGCUGGAGACUGCCUGUUACGUGUACAUUUGUCUGUGAUAGA